CAAUUUGGAGCUUGUCAAAGCAAAUAGAGGUUAUAAAUACGUGGCCCCAAAAGAAAGUUGUAAAAUUUGCAAUAUUUAAUUAUUGCGUAUAAUAGUUAAAGAUGUAUUAUUUAGGAAUAAUAUGUCUAUUAUUCUUUUCCUAUUUAUCUGGAGCCCAUAGCUACAUUGUUACUGUAGACGCUCAUGCCGAAGAAUGCUUUUUUGAAAAAGUUGAAGCUGGGACCAAACUAGGUCUAACUUUCCAAAUUGCAGAAGGGGGAUUUUUGGACAUUGAUGUAAGGAUAUUGGGUCCUGAUGGUAAAGUAAUUUAUGAAGAAGAGAGGCAAACAUCUGGAAAAUAUUCAUUUGCUGCCAGUUAUCCAGGAGUUUAUACUUUCUGCUUCUCAAAUAAAAUGUCCACAAUGACCCCUAAAGUUGUUAUGUUUGAUGUGGCAGUAGGAGAACCACCUAAACCUGAGGGAGCUGAAGGUCAUAGCGCUAAUAAGUUGGAAGAAAUGAUUAGGGAGCUAUCAGCCUCUCUUACAGCAGUCAAACAAGAGCAAGAAUACAUGCAAGUAAGGGACAAAAUCCACAGGGCGAUAAAUGAAAAUACAAACUCAAGAGUUGUAGCUUGGUCAUUCUUUGAAGCUAUCAUAUUGUGUGCAAUGACAGUUGGUCAGGUGUUUUAUCUUAAGCGGUUCUUUGAAGUCAGGAGGGUAGUUUAAAAUAACAGCAAAUUUGAAUACAGACUGUUUUUGUGAUACUUAAAUUCAUAUAGUGUGCAGAUAUCUUUGUGGAUAUGUUAAAUAAGGUUUUGAAAGAUACAAUCUCAAGGGGUAACUUAAUAAUUUAAUAUAUCUCAUUAAUUUCUUUA